AUGGUUCAGUUACUAGGCUAUAUUAUCUUAUGCCUUCUGAAUCUCUUCUACAGCCGCACACACGCAUGCACGCGCGUGAGCUACACAAGCGGAGUGGAAGACGGGCACCGCGUGAUAAUCGGGCGCACACUGGACUGGAACAUUCCUCCCUAUUCCUCCAUCUACGCCUUCCCGGCCGGGAUCACACGAAACGGCAGCGCGGGGGAAAACUCGCUGGAAUGGACGAGCAAAUACGGGUCGGUGGUAAUCACGAUGAACGACGCACUGACCUUUGACGGGCUGAACACUGAGGGGCUGCACGGCGGCCUGCUGUACCUGACGGGGACCGACUUCGGCGACCGAAACACCUCGCUGCCGGGCCUGUCGGUCAGCUUCUGGGUGCAGUAUUUCCUUGACAGCUACGCGUCCGUCGCGGAAGUCAGAGCUGACAUAUUGAAUCCUUCUGGCGAGCAGCGCUUUCAAGUCAGGACCCGCGGGAUCAUACCCGGAUUGGCUACGGUCGUGCAUCUGGUGCUAGGCGACGCUUCCGGCGAUAACCUGAUCAUGGAAUACCUCGACGGCAAGCUGUACCUGUACCAGUCUCCAGAGUACCAUGUCAUCACGAACGAGCCUACGUAUGACCAGCAACUUGCGCUACAAGAGUACUGGCGGAACAGGGCAGAAUGGACUCUGCCAGGCACCGCCGGUCCAGUCGACCGGUUCGCACGCAUGGCGGAUAAUCUGCGGCGAGCGCCGGUCGCCACGACUAUGGUCGAGGCUGUGAGGAUUGUGCAGAGUCUUGUACGGAGUAUUAGCGUCACGCUUCGGACACAAGCGACGUCGGUUUCUAAUGCACCAUCACUCUGGCGCAUUUUGGCCGAUACGAAGGACAAGAGGUAUUUCUAUGAGAGUGCCACUGAUGGCGUGUCUCUCUGGAUCAACAUGUCGGCUUUGGACCUGGGCACCAGGGGCAAUACGAAGAGAAUGUCUCUGGAUGCUGGCAGUGCUGGCCUUUAUGGUAGGUAUGGCGAUGCAACUGAGGACUUUGUCAACGCCGAGCCCUACACUCCUAUACUCGCAAACUCGGAAACUGGCGAUGGAUUUGGUGGUACAGGACCAGUAGAUAUCAUAGGUCUGCCAAAUAUAACUAUGGUUCGGUAG